GUCUCAGAUCAGAUCUGUCCAUGAUGUCUGAGAGGAGGUGUUCUCAGGAGGACGACUGCUCCUCUCUUCUCUCCCGGCUCGGUUCGGACUCUCCUCGUCCUCGGAUGAAGUAUGGAGGGAUGUUCUGCAGCGUCGAAGGAGCUUUCGAGAACAAAACCUUGAACUUUGAGUCGUUCAGUCCGCAGACGCAGCGACGGCGAGCUGCUCGAAGCCGAAGUGAUGGCCUGGAUGGAGGAGACACAGCGAGAGGAGGAGGGGGCCAGACGGUGGUGUUUCCCUCCGGACACGCCCGGGAAAACUACGGCAAGAAAGAGGGCGACCGUCUGAUCAUCAAAGGAGGAAAGAUCGUCAAUGAUGACCAGUCAUUCUACGCUGACGUCUACGUUGAGGACGGGACCAUCAAACAGAUUGGUGAGAACCUGAUCAUCCCGUCCGGCGUGAAGACAGUGGACGCGUAUGGUCAGCUGGUGAUCCCCGGAGGAGUCGACGCCAACACCAACCUGCAGGCUCAGCAGAAAGGCCUGAGCCCAGCCGACGACUUCUACCAGGGAACCAGAGCCGCCUUGUCCGGAGGAACCACCACCAUCAUGGACCACGUGCUGGUGGAGCCCGGGACUAGUUUAUUGUCAGCGUUUGAUCAUUGGAGGGAGAUGGCGGAGCAGAGGGCAUGUUGCGACUUCUCUCUACACCUGGACAUCACUCGCUGGCAUGAAGGACUGUACGAGGAACUGGAGACACUCAUCAAAGAUAAAGGUGUGAACUCCUUCCUGUUCUUCAUGGCCUACAAAGACAAAUACCAGAGCUCCGAUUCUCAGCUCUACGAGGCGUUCGGGGUCCUCCGGGAUCUUGGAGCUAUCGCACAGGUCCAUGCUGAGAAUGGUGACAUCAUUGAUGAGGAACAGAAGAGGCUUCUCUGUCUCGGCAUUACUGGACCUGAAGGACACGUUUUAUCUCACCCUGAGGAGGUGGAGACAGAGGCGGUGUAUCGGGCCGUCACAAUUGCCAAACAGGCCAACUGUCCGCUGUAUGUUACCAAGGUGAUGAGCAAAUCUGCUGCUGAUGUCAUCGCCAAAGCCAGGAAGAAAGGUAUGGUGGUGUACGGGGAGCCAAUCACAGCCAGCCUGGCCACUGACGGCUCUCACUAUUGGUCCAAAGACUGGGCCACAGCUGCUGCCUUCGUCAUGAGCCCUCCUCUCAACCCUGACCCUUCAACUCCACAGUACCUGACCUCCCUGUUAGCAUGUGGAGACCUCCAGGUGACGUCCAGCGCUCAGGCCAGCUUCUCCACAGCUCAGAAAGCUGUCGGUAAAGACGACUUCACUCUGAUCCCAGAGGGAACCAAUGGGAUUGAGGAGAGGAUGUCUGUGGUGUGGGACAGAGCUGUGUCCACGGGGAAGAUGGAUGAGAACGAGUUUGUCGCAGUAACAAGCACCAACGCUGCUAAACUCUUCAACAUUUACCCACGCAAAGGACGGAUCGCUGUAGGUUCAGAUGCUGAUAUUGUCAUCUGGAACCCAAAGGAGACACGAACUGUUUCUGCAAAGACUCACAAUCUGACGGUGGAGGUGAACAUCUUGGAGGGUUUGGAGUUUCGAGGUGUGGCAUCAGUGGUGAUCAGCGGCGGUCGAGUCGUUCUGGAAGAUGGAAAACUCUAUGUGACCGAAGGUUCAGGACGCUUCAUCCCCAGGAAGGCUUUCCCUGACGCUGUCUACAAGAGGAUCAGAGCCCGCAGCAAGAUGGCCGAGGCGCGUGGCGUACCCCGUGGAAACUACGAUGGUCCGGUCCAUGAUGUCAUCAGUAUGACUAAAUCAGUCCCACCCACUCCAACCACCAGGGGGCCCCCCUGUCCGAAAACCCAGACCGGGCCCCGAAACCUCCACCAAUCAGGAUUCACCCUGGCAGGAGCUCAGGUUGACGACCACAUACCUCGUCGCUCUACUCAGAGGAUUGUGGCGCCGCCGGGUGGACGAUCCAACAUUACAUCCUUAUCUUAAAACAAGAUCAAACUGUCACUUUGAGUUUGUCCAACAAUAAAUUGAAGUGUCACCUUUACUAUAAGAUACAGCCAAACCCUACAACAACUUUACAACUAGUACUGCACCCUAUAACAGUAAUACUUUAACUAGUACUGAACCCUACAGAAACCUUACAAACCCUGAAACUGUACAUCUAGUAUUAAACCCUAGAACUUAAGUACUUCAACUAGUACUUAACCCUAGAACAACCCUAUAGCUAGUACUACAACCUGCAAAUACCAACUGCAAUCCUGCAGCUAGUAUUAAACACUACAACUCAACUAGUACUAAAUAGUUUGAAAACAGUAACUAACAGUACAAAAAUCCUACAUUAAUGGUAUUAACUAGUACUUAACUCUAGAACAACCCUACAGCAGUACCAACCCUACAACAACCCAACCCUACUUUGAACAACCCUACGAAGUACCAAACCAUAACCCUACAACUCAACAACUAGUUAUAAACCCAAUGAGUACUAAAUCCUAAAAUAAUCCAACUUGAACAAAACCCUACAACAAUGGUAUUACAACCCUGCAAAUACUACUAACCCUACAACAAUCCCAUAACUAGUUCUAAACCCUAAAACUAGUACUUAACUCUGAAACAAUAGCACUCUACAAUACUACAAAACCCUACAAAUAACUAACAACUAGUACUAAAUCCUACAACAAUUUUACUUCAACUAGUACUGAAUGUUACGUCAUUAGUACUACACCACUACAACAAGUACUUUAUCCUACAACUACUACUUAAUUCUAUUGGAGCAGUACUUCAACAAGUACUAAACCCUAAAAUUAGUACUAAAUUCUAGAAUAAUAGUAUUUCUACCACACCCUACAAUAACUCUACAACUAAAAAACUAAAAAAAUACUUCUAAAUCCUACACCUACUGUAGUUGAACUGAAGUAGAACUGAAUGUUACAACACUGGUACAACAACCCAGCAACUAGUACAUUAUCCAACUUAAUCCUAUUACAGUAGUACUUCAGCUAGUACUAAACCCUACAACAAUAGUACUAAAACUUUACAAAUACUACUAAACCCUACUAGAACUGUACUAAUCCUACAACUACUGUACAACUAGUACUGAAUGUUAAAACAGUGGUACUACAACCCUAUAAAUACUACUAAACCCUACAACAACCCCACAACUAGUACUAACUCCUACAACUAGUACUAAAUCCUACAACAGUGGUACUUUAACUAGUACUGAAUGUUAUUGGUAUGGUUCUUGGAAUCAGUCAUUACUCUAAGUACUCUAAUCUUUACACAUAUGUAGGCUACUCAACAACAUUUCAUCUCAUCUGUCCUAAAACUCAUCACUGCAUCAUGUUCCCUUUGCCUCUCAGUGCUCGCUGAUAAAGGCAGUAGUAGUAGUAGUAGUAGUAGUAGAACCCCAGAACCUGUUUCCUUUCAUGCUCUUUCAGUAACAGCACAGAUGUGUUUACAUCACUUCAUUAUCAGAAAACACAUUUGAAGACAAACUGUUUACCACCAGUACACUUUUCACGCUGGGAUUAUUGGGAUUUCUUUGUAAGAGCUGUAACCUGCUGUGGCUGGUUCUUCCCAGAUGUUUCCAGAGGUUUUUAUUGAUGGCUGUUCUCAUCAAAACACCAUAAACACAUUCUACUCAUUGUAAAUUAAAUUCAUAUUGUCUUAACUUCACUGUAGUCAUUACUCUAAGGUCAGUAUUAACAUUAGGUUUGUAAUAUUUCAUGCCUUCAUCUAAUUGAAGGUCUUUUAUAACGGAAUUAUGCAGGUCCAUGUCACUCUUAUAUUUUACAUCAAUCUGAACCACUUUAAAUUAAAUCUAAAUCUGUAUCACUAUAAAACCAUUAUACUAAUAUAAAUCCAUAUUGUUCUGGUAUAAAUUCACCUGUCUGUGGUAGAGUGACGUGUUCAGUCCUGAUGAGUGUUUCUGUUGUUCUGAUUUAGUCUGAACUGACUGAACUGGACUGCAGAGUUAGUUCUGUCAUGACUUAAUAUCUUUUACUUUUUAAUUUAUUGAUCAAGUUAAUUUUAGUUAUUGAUUGUUUUCUCAGAAUGCAAAACCAGAAUUAAACUUUAAGACUUACACCAUUAGACUUUUUGUGAACUUAAAAACAUCAACUGACUAUAAAUGGUGCUAAUAAAUCCAGUGGUAGCCUGCAAGUAGCAAUCCCUUCAAUACCACGACCCCUACAGGAUGUAAACAAAUUGACUCUGCCCCCCACAAAUAUUUAAAACAAGCUGACAUCACCACAAAAAUACAACGGCCUUCUCUGACCAUGGAUGUAUUAAAAGAGCUGGAUGCUGGACUCCAAAAUGGCGCCCACUCAUUCUAUGUUAAUUUCUAGCAGAGCACACAAGCCAAAAAAGUUUUCUAGCUUUGUGGUUUGCUUCUGUGACUGCACAUGCUCAUUAGUGUUUCUCCUGCUGGUCCCGCCCACCCAGAUUGCUAAACUGAAAGCGAUGAGUAGAUUUAACUUCAUGACCUCAGCCCUGCCAGAUAUAAAACAACACUAUUUAUAUAAAUUGACCUUAUAGUUUAAAGCAAAGUGACUGGAAGCUCACCACAAUUCAAUGUGCUCAGUUUACCAAUCCCUGCGCUCGGUUUAUACAAAACUGUACGCUGGGUUUACACCAAUCCAUACGCUCAGUUUACACCAAUCCAUACGUUCAGUUUAUACCAAUCCAUACGUUCGGUUUACGAAUCCAUACGUUCAGUUUACCAAUCCAUACAUUCAGUUUACCAAUCCAUACGUUCGGUUUAUACCAAUCCAUAUGCUUUGUUUACCAAUCCCUGCACUCAGUUUACCAAUCUGCGUGCCACAUACAUUUUUUUUUCAACCAUAUGACCCAUAUGAUGGAGGUUUCUAGGAUUUUUUUUUAUGUGAUUGCUAACCUUCAGGGGAAUCCUUAGUUUCAGUACCACGAGUGUACACUGGGACAAACUAACAGCAAGGCUGAGUGAUGAUGCCGUAUCACAUCCAUAAAUACAUCCAUGGUCUGAUCCUGCUAUUAGAGGGUCAACAUCUACCAUGACCUCUGACCCUAACUGUAAAAGGACUAAAACAAUCUUUUUUCAGACUGUGAUGUCACAACUGCAUACUCCCUCCCCUUCCUGCUCUGUAACCUCUGUAGGGAUUUUUAACUGUAUUUGAUUUGUAAAUGCUUCAUUUGAUACCAUGAUCAUUUUGUAUUUUUUACAGUUUUUGUAUCCUGGCAGAGUUAGCAUUAGUGAUCGUAGUACUCACACACAGUUCAGCCAUUGUGCAGUCCAUGGUAACCAUGUUGGUGCCAAGCUGUUGCUAUAGUAACAACAUAUUGCUAUGAACAGGUUAAACAAAAUGUACAAAGAUGUGUUGGAGAACAGACGUUUUUGUGUCCUUAAAAGGAAUAGUUAGAUAUGUUAAGAGAUAGAUGUUCAGACUGAUAUCACUAUCAUUUCUGUACAGUAAAUAUGAAGCUACAGCCAGCAGCUGGUUAGCUUAGGUUAGCAUAUAUAGACUGGAAACUGGGGGAAACAACUGGAGUCAUCACCAUGAGGUUGCCAGGCAACAGCAAGACUCUAGGAAGUCACUGUGACUGGCCAACUUGGCGUCCUUAUUAAUUCCUGUAGUACAGAUUCACCUCCAACAUGGCGGCUGUGUUCCUGCAGGCUGAACUGUUUCUGUAGCAGUCGGUUGUUUUUCUGUCCUCACAGAUGCACUAGAGCCAAAAUGGAGGAUGUGAACUCUUUCUAUACACAGUGAUGCUGUGCAGACAUGGCAGUGUGUAUAUGAAGAGGGGUUACCGUGGUGACGGUGCAUCUGUUGUUGUCGUUGUUGUUGUUCCUGUAGUGAAUGUGAAACUACUUCCAGUUGUGAUGAGAGCUGCAUGAAUAAACUGUGAAGAGUAA